CAUCAAUCUUCACUUGCACUACUUCUUUACAAUAGUAUUGUGUUGUAUGAAUACAAUGAAAUUGGGUCUUGAAAGAGGUUAGAGAGAGGUUGGUGGGUCUAAUAUUAUUGCUUAAAGUUUUCCUUCAAUUCCACACAUGUAUUGUGAAUUUACAUAGGACACACUAUAUGUAAUUGGGUGUCUAACACCGAUACACGAUGGGUGAUCUGAGGAGAAAAUUGUAUGAAAGAACCUAAAUCCUCUUCUAAGGAUGUCAUAAUCUCUGUAUUGAAACUACUGCUACUACUACAAGAUGGGUAUGCCUGAUAUUAAACUGAGCUCUGGCUGCAGGGGAAUGCCUGUAUUGGGCUUAGGCACAGCAGCCGAUCCCCCUGUAGACUCGCAAACUAUUUAUCAGGCAGUCUCACUGGCGAUUGAGCUCGGUUACAGGCAUUUUGAUACAGCUGCACUGUACAAUUCAGAACAGCCAACUGGGGAAGCUAUGGCAGCAGCACUUCAGUGUGGCAUUAUUAAAUCACGAGACGAGCUCUUCAUCACCUCCAAGCUAUGGUGCAGUGAUUCUCAUGGCGAACAUGUUCUUCCUGCCAUUCAAAAGACCUUAAAGAAUCUUAAUGUAGAUUAUAUUGAUCUGUAUCUCAUACAUUGGCCUGUGAGUUCAACGCCAGGGAACUAUGAGUACCCAAUUAAGAAAGAGGACUUUCUUCCCAUGGAUUAUAAGUCUGUGUGGGCGGCCAUGGAAGAGUGCCAGAGACUUGGCCUCACCAAGUCCAUUGGUGUUAGCAAUUUCUCUUGCAAGAAGCUCUCUGAUGUCCUUGCAGUCGCGAAAAUUCCCCCAGCUGUUAAUCAAGUGGAAGUGAACCCAUGUUGGCAACAAAAGAAGCUGAGAGAGUUAUGUAAAGACAAUGGAGUUCUUGUAGUGGCUUAUGCUGUUUUGGGAGCUGUAGGAACCUUUUAUGGCACCAACAGAGUUAUGGAGAGUGAGGUGCUAAAGGAAAUUGCAAAGGCUAGAGGAAAGACUGUUCCUCAGAUUUGUCUGAGAUGGGCUCACGAGCAAGGCCUUGGUGUAUUGGUGAAGAGUUUCAACAAAGAGAGAAUGAAGCAGAACCUUGAGAUAUUCAAUUGGGCAUUGAGUGAGGAUGAGUUUAGAAAGAUCAGUGAAAUCCCACAAAGCAGAGCAUGUCUUGGUAAGGAUUACACCUCUGUUCAUGGACCUUACAAUACAAUUGAGGAGCUUUGGGAUGGAGAACUUUGA